AUGAAUCAAGCCGAUUUCUUUUGCUGCUUGUUGCCGUAUGAGAGGUUCCUCUCUUCAGCGGAAUGUCUUGCUUGGUCAGGAUCGAUUGACAUCUGCUUCGUUUCGAUGGAGGGUCGCUAUCGAGGUUUGGUCGUUGGCCUUGAGUUAGUGCUUUGGUCUGCUCCUCAUCCGUGCCAGACCCAGUUGGAGUUCUCCCUUCCUUGUCCUUGUCCAUGUGAUCUCGAGACUCAUAUCCCUCGCCCAGCAGUUAAGCUCUCUUUUGUGACCCGUCCUUUUCUGAAUAAAUCUUCAAGCGGCGAUAUUCGUCGGGUUUUUAGUUGGCUUUCCCGUUUGCUGGUGUCGUUUUUCUUCUAUGCUUUCAUCGUUCUAUCUGUCGAUCCGUGCGUAGCUCUUGCCUCAAAAUCCUUUGUGGAUUUGGAGGUUGAGUUUCUCCAGAGAUUGCUUCACUGA